AUGCCUGAUCCCACCGGCAGUACACACCUCCAGCUGAGCGAUCUGGAUGUUGGGGAUGUCGUGAGAACCCUAAAAGAUUAUGGAGCGUGGACAGCUACGCUGGACGAGGAUUUCGAACCCGUCACCGACGCAGUGCGCAGGUGCGUGCAUAAGGAGAGGGAGCGCAGGCUGAAGCCAGUAUUGGACGUGUUGGGUUACACAAGCGAGUUGUUCGCAACCCAAACUCUUCGCAUCGGGAAGAGGACCUAUGUCGAUGCAGGAUCCCCCGGCGCAGACCUGGUUCCUGUUCGAAUACAGAGCCUUGUUGGUGAUGAUGGCGCUGCUGGAAGUGCAGCCACCGCUGGGGAAUAUGGGGGGCUAGCUGGAAGCAAGACCUCCCUCGGGCAUGACGAGGCUACUGCUGGAAAGUUGGUCUCAACCGGAGGAGGCGAGGUCGUCGCAGGAAAGGAGAAUCUAGCUGGGAGCGAUCAGGGUACUGCUCACUAUAGUGAGACCGUACUCGGGAAGAGGGCGAGGCUCAGCAGCCAUCAGGCCGUCCCUGGAACCGUGUACAACGAGUCCAUCAAUCCAUUGCGCCUGGCAGUUGGGCAAAAGCUACAUGUCACCCGUCCUCUAAUCGUUGAUCCAGGGAUGGAAUUCAUCCUAAUACAACGGCGCGGUCCAGUCGAUGGUCCUUGA